UGGCUGCACGAGGGUCAGGAGAAGAGACUGGAGAACUCCAGGAAACACUGUGACACUCAUCAACAGACAGGAAGUUGGGCUUCGAAGUCACAUGUCAAGCAAAUUCAAGAUGGCGAUUGCAAGUGUCCUGAUGGCAUGUACUCCCCCCCACACCAUGUAUCGAGGAUCUGUCAGUCAGUGAAACUUGACUUCUUUUAGCUGUGAACAUACUGUACCACGUCAUUAUAGGAGGGCCAACCUGUCCGCAGUCCAUGACUCUAGUGAUUCCAGCCCCCAGAGGGCCCAUCCUGAACAUUCACACGGUGAGACUUCAGGAGACUCACCAAGGAUGAACGAAGGAAGGUCUUAGGCCAGAGCAAAUGGGUUGCACGUGAGGCCCUCACCACCCUAAGAGAGUUUACGCAGGAAGUUGUGAUGCCACUCCAGCGUGAAUCAGUUAAUCAAGGAGGCCUGCCUGGCCUAACUGCUGAGGUGGGGGUGGGAUAUCGUCUUGCUGAUUGGCCAGAAGGCUGUGGAGCUUUGUGAGGUCACGGCUCGAAGACCGGGUUAGGGCAGGAGUAUGGUGGAGAUGCUGCCAACUGUCGUUGCCCUGGUCUUGGCAGUGUCCGUGGUUGCCAGAGAUAACUCCACGUGUGAGUGAGGUACAAAGACUGGAUGCCUCUUCUUGGUUUGAGCAGUGUCCUGGUCUCUCCUCAGUGGCCCCUGUGGGUUACGAUUCAGGCAGAACUCACAAGCAGGUAUCCGGAUUGUCGGAGGGCAGACUGCGCAGCGUGGGGCCUGGCCCUGGAUGGUCAGCCUACAGAUCUUCAUGUCCCAUAACAGCCGCAGGUACCACGCCUGUGGAGGCAGCCUGCUGAACUCCUACUGGGUGCUUACAGCGGCUCACUGCUUCGAUAACAAAAAAAAAGUCUAUGACUGGAGACUGGUUUUUGGAGCCCAGGAAAUUGAAUAUGGAAGAAACAAGCCAGUGAAAGAGCCUCUGCAGGAGAGAUAUGUGCAGAAGAUUAUCAUCCAUGAAAAGUACAACGUCGUGACUGAGGGCAACGACAUUGCUCUCUUGAAGAUCACUCCUCCGGUUGUGUGUGGGAGCUUCAUCGGGCCCAGCUGCCUACCUCAUUUUAAGGCUGGUCCUCCCAAAAUUCCCCAGACCUGCUACGUGACUGGGUGGGGAUACAUGAAAGAGAAGGCCCCCAGGCCAUCGCCUGUCCUGAUGGAGGCACGCGUGGAUCUCAUUGACCUCGACCUGUGUAACUCAACCCAGUGGUACAAUGGGCGUGUCACAUCAACUAAUGUGUGUGCAGGGUAUCCUGAAGGCAAGAUUGACACCUGCCAGGGGGACAGUGGUGGGCCUCUCAUGUGCAGAGACAACGUCGACAGCCCCUUUGUGGUCGUGGGGAUCACGAGCUGGGGGGUAGGCUGUGCCCGUGCUAAGCGUCCUGGAGUCUACACAGCCACCUGGGAAUACCUGGAUUGGAUUGCCUCCAAGAUCGGCCCUAAUGCCUUGCACUUGAUUCAGCCAGCCACCCCUCCGCCGCCUACUACUCGACCACCACCGGCGGUCCCUUUCCACCCCUCUCCUUCUUGGUAUUUCCAAAACAUCCCACCUCGACCACCUCGCCCACGACCACCGCGGCCUCUGCCACACCGACCGUCUCCAGGCCAGGCCCAGUCCCCAUUCGCACCCCUACCGCCACCCCCAACCCCACUCCAACCCGUACCCUUUACGCUUGGUUCACAUCGCACGAGACGCCGCACAACACUUUCUUUCGCCCAGCGUGUACAGAAUCUCAUAGAGGCCCUGAAGAUGAGGACUUACCCUGUGCCUGAUUCCUCACGGUACCACGGACUAAUGAACUACCACCACCAAGGCUCCGCAGCUGAGCCUUUUGUCAACAAAUCAAUGAGCCCUGAGAAAAGAGAAACGAAAUAAAACAUAUAUUUAUAUUAAAAAUAUUUAUAUACAUGA